CACAGGUGACGUACCGCCACACGUUACUUGCAUCAAAUUACUGUGGCAGAAGUUAGCCUCCAUCAAGUACUCCCACUUUGUACGCUAGCAAUAUGGACGGCGAUAACAAGACACUGAAGUAUUCGGAGGGAGUGAGGGAAGCUUCGGAGGCGAAUGGAGCAGCUUCUCCGAGUUUCUGCUCGGGACGUGUUGGAUUGUGUAUCCCGCUCAGCUACCGCAAUGAACUGAUUCAACUCUUCAAACUAGCAGGGCCAGUGGUCAUUUCCCAGAUGAUGGUUUUCAUGAUCAGUCUCGUCAGCACGGUGUUCUGUGGCCAUCUGGGGAAAACGGAGCUUGCAGCUGUAUCACUAUCCAUAGCAGUGGUUAAUGUCACGGGUAUUUCCAUCGGCACUGGUUUGGCGAUGACUUGCGAUACCCUCAUAUCUCAGACGUAUGGGAGCGGUAACCUGAAGCGGGUGGGUGUGAUUCUCCAGAGGGGCAUUCUGAUUCUGCUGCUGGCUUGUUUCCCAUGCUGGGCUGUCCUCAUACAAACUGAACCUCUUCUACUGGCUGUUAAACAGAGCCCCGAUGUGGCCAGACUGUCCCAACUCUACGUGAAGAUCUUCAUGCCUGCUCUGCCAGCGGCGUUUAUGUACCAGCUACAAGGGAGAUACCUUCAAAACCAGGGAAUCAUUUGGCCUCAGGUCAUAACUGGUGUGAUUGGAAACAUCUUAAAUGCGGUCAACAAUUACGUCUUCCUCUAUCCACUUGAUCUGGGAGUUGCUGGAUCCGCAGCAGCCAACGCAAUCUCACAGUACCUGCUGGCCGUCGUCUUAUUUGUGUAUAUUUGCUGGAGAGGUUUGCACAAAGCCACGUGGGAAGGCUGGUCACUGGACUGUCUACAGGAGUGGGGGCCCUUUGUCAAGCUGGCCGUACCGAGCAUGCUCAUGCUUUGUCUUGAGUGGUGGAUGUUUGAGGUGGGAGGGGUCCUUGCUGGCCUCAUUAGUGAGGCUGAGCUGGGAGCUCAAGCCGUAGCAUAUCAGCUGACAGCUGUAGCUUACAUGUUCCCACUUGGAUUUUCAGCCGCUGCCAGUGUGCGAGUGGGGAAUGCUCUUGGUGCAGGAAACAUGAAGCAGGCCUGGCUGGCGUGCAAAGUUCCCAUCAUUUGUGCAUUCAUAACAUCCUGUUUUAUUGGAGCUAGCUUCAGCCUUAGCAGGAAAGUAGUUGGAUACAUUUUCACCACAGAACAAGACAUUUUGAAACGGGUUGCUGAUGUCAUGGUUGUUUUUGGCUUCAUGCAUGUUGCCGAUGCUGUUGCGGGCGUGAGUGGAGGUGUCAUUCGAGGAGCGGGAAAACAAAAGAUUGGCGCUGUGUGUAAUCUGGUGGGAUACUACUUCAUCGGCUUUCCCAUUGGUGCGUCCUUGAUGUUUGCAGCAGGAAUGGGCAUCGUAGGACUUUGGACAGGACUGACUGUUUGUGUCUUGGCGCAGUCUAUUUUCUUCAUCACAUAUUUGCACAAGCUUGAUUGGCAAAAGGCUGCUGAGGAGGCACGCUUCAGAGCUGGAGUCCAGGUCAAGGUUGAUAAGGACGUGGACACAGUGGAAGAUCUAGACUCUGUCCCCAAACUGGGUAAGGGUACUGCUGGUGCGUCCAGCUGUGAGAGUGCUGCGGAGGACCACGCUCCCCAAGAGAUUCCUGACCAGCGUAACGUUGCAGCCACCAUCGUUGGAGAUGUUCUCUCAGGAACACAGCUGCUUUUGCGCCGCGGCUUGACUUUACUCAUCAUGGUUGUCAUCCUCGUGGUCGGAAUCCUAACCAGUGACUUCCUCACUGGAUUGUUGAAGUGAUUAUUUGGCUGCUUUGAUAGUCAAACUAAAAACUGUUGGACUUGGUCGCGCUAAUAUGCCUUAAAGGGCCCCUGUCCUUCGCUUGUCAGACUGCUGUGUUUUUGUUUUUGAGUUUGGAAAAGUUAACGCUAGGUGUAGCGUUCCUUUCUAUGUUGCUAUGUGAAAUCAAUGCGCCCAGGAAGGAAGUUGCACUAAUGCUUAAAAUGACCAAAAUACAGCAAAAUACUGUAAGUGUUACGUUAUCACAAAUGUGCCUGUUGGAUAUGAAACCAUAAAACCUGGUAGGAGGUUUUUGGAGGUGUUUUAAUUGCGGGCCUUGUAGGCGGCAUAGGUGUGUCGCUUUACGUGCAGUAAUUAGCUGCCUCUUUUUAGCUAUUUUUAUAUCUUUGGAACGCACAGAAAAGAGAAAGCUGUGUGUUCAUGUCUCACAUAAGGAUCGGGGAUGAUGGGCGAAAUUCCAAAAAACGUGCACUUUUCCUUAAAGUAGACUGAGGGUCCUAAAUAAGACGACAACUCAUGACCACCAGAAGACUAUGUCAUUGUGUUCACUAUAUCGUCAUAAAUUGUGUUACUUUUGCAACAUAUUUUUACAGUAGAGCCAUGCUUUUCGCCGGGGUUACGAUCCGGGGACAAUUAUUUCCGUGUUUAUAAAUUACAGUGGAACCUCGUUUAGCAUACGACCCGGUUAGAGCGUUUUUCGGUUUACGUCAGAUAUUUACAACCAAAUUUGACCUCCGUUUGCAUUCAUUUUGCAGUUAGCGUACAAUAUGGCACGCGUCUUGUGGCGUUACCAAUACACUGCGUGAGUCCAACUGUGUGCUUCAUGUAUUUUCAAUCACACAACGUACUUGCGAGCAGCCUACUAGCUCGCUCAUGCAUGGGAAAGGGAACCGGACGUCAGCUCUAUGAUGUCGUCAGCGGUUGACUCUGUUGUUCUAUGCUAGCUAACGCAGUUCCGCCACAGCUCUCCAUAAAUGUCAACACAAAACACGUUCUUAUAGUUUUACAAUUCCAGUUUUACAUGCACAGAACAAUUCUAAAUGCACAUAAAUGAUGAGUCAAAUGCACAUUUAAGGUCACUUUUACCGUCAUUGAAGACGUGAUUGCUGACAAAGACACGAAGUGGCAGCGAUAUCACAACACGGACACUGCCUUUGUUUUUUUGCUUUUUGCUUUGUUGAGUUAUUUCUUGCAUUCAGUAGUGUUUCUACGACAGAUGUCGUGGAUCAGCAA